AUGUCUUCCCCGGUAUCCAAGGUGCUCGUGUCCAAGGCCAAGCCGAAGCUGCGCGUCAAAUUGACAGUAUCCCCCAAGUACAAGAGAUCGACCAAGACCGUGGCCGUCACGCCCAAGAACAAGGGCAAGGGCAAGGAGUUGGAGGUGCCCGAGGGGACUUUCACGGAGUUCACGGUGUUCCUGAACUUGCCUCCCGAGCUGCAACUUGAAAUCUGGAAGCUGGUCAUCGGUGACGUGCAGGGUCGGAUUGUGACGCUGAAGGAUUCGCCCGUACCAGCUUUCUUGCAUGUUUGCUCAACCUCCCGAAAGCAGGCUCUCAAGUCUGGGUAUGAUAUCAACGUCCGAAACAUGCAGCAAGGCCGUAUGUAUAACCCUGUCCCCAUAAAUCUCGAUCUGGUAUCAAGAAGUGCUGACGAGCUCGCAGUGUUCAUCAACCCUAACACGGACAUCUUUUUCCUCGGGCGUACCGGCUUCCCCUCGCAAAUCGAAUACCACAUCAACGCUUUCCACACCCUCCUCUGUCUCAAGGUCGAGAAGUCCAUGCUGCAGCCCGUCCAACGCCUCGCGCUCACCAUCUCCGAGGUCUUGCAGAUCUGGCACACUCUGUGCUUCCACUGCUUCCUGCUCCAAAACUUUGAAGGUCUCUUCCCUAAUCUCAAUGAGCUCAUCAUCAUUAUCCGUCCUGGCACCCUCGGAUCCGGCUUCGACGAUCUCUACGAGGUGGAAACGAGCGACUUGGAGUUGGUGAACAACGUCAUGACUGAUAUCCGGAACACGUUCAAGUGUGCCAAGGAGGAGGGACAUGUCAAGGGGGUUAAGCUGACGUUUAUGCGCAUGGAGACAUUCGUCAGAUAG